CGUAAGGUAUCUCAAUUUAGAUAAGUCCAUGUAAGUUUUAGUCCAAGUUUUUGUGUUUCCUCGUACAAAUCAUGCCAGAGUGUCGGAAUUUAACAAAAAUUGAAACCAUAGAUGAGUCUCAACAGGCUCCAGAAUGGCUAACCCAGGAUUUCCUCACGAAAAAGCUAAGAAUCUACUACAAGGACCCAAGUUUACAAAUUUUGUCAAUGAGUGUAGCUCCGGCGACAGGAAAAGGAGAGAACUAUGCAAGUAUCAUGAAUCGAGUCUCGCUUCAAUAUAUAAUUGGAGGUGAUCGUUCACCAAGAUCAGGCUCGUACGUUGUCAAGAGUUCCUUCGAGGGAGAUGAAUUCGCAACAGAGAAAAUCAGUCCAUAUGAUAUCUACAACAGGGAAAUGGAAAUCUACGAGAAGAUUAUUCCCAAGCUGAAUGCUUUGCUGGAAGAAAUCGGUGAUAAAGAUAAGAUGUUUCCAGAAACCAUAUCCGUUGAAUACGAUCGUUCGGCAAUGAUUUUUGAGGAUCUCACACAACGCGGCUAUAUCAUGUGUGACAGGCUUAAAGGCUUGGAUAUGGAUCACGCAAAGAUGUGCCUGAGAAAACUGGCCAAAAUGCAUGCUACUUCAGCAGUUUUGAAUGAACGUGAACCGGGAACUUUUAAGACUUACGAUCGUGGGUUAUUUAACCGGCAUACAGAUAAUUUUAGCCCGUUUUUUGUAGGAAUUCUUGAUGCUUGUGGAAGAAUGGUCAGUAAGUUAGAGGGUUUUAAAAAAUAUGGUGAAAAAUUACUUGCUCUCAAACCUAAACUGAUGGAAUAUGGAAAACAAGUCUUUGAUCCUGUUGAUGGGCAUGUAAAUGUCUUGGCUCAUGGUGAUUUCUGGGUAAACAAUGUUAUGUUCAACGAAGGACCAAACCAGCGACCGAAUGAUGUAAUUCUGAUAGAUUUCCAGUACAGUUGCUGGGGUUCACCUGCAAUUGAUUUACAUUAUUUUUUUAAUACAUCAUUAAUGGAGGAUAUGCGAUUACAUCAGCAAGAUGAACUCUUCCAAUAUUACUAUAAUAUCUUCACUGGUAUUUUGAAAGCUCUCAAGUUUCAAGCUAAAAUUCCAAGCUUACAUCAGUUUUUGCUCCAUAUGUCUGAAAAGGAGUUCUAUGCUGUCACAUCAGGAUGUUUAGUGCAAGCCGUUAUGAUCAACGAACAAACUGAAGAUGCUGAUUUUCAUUCAUUGAUGGGCGAGGAUGAACGAGCUUUGAAUUUUAAAAAUACAAUUUUCAAAAAUGAAAAAGUCCAAAAGAAUCUCAAGAGGCUACUACCGAAAUUUGAUCGUAAAGGUUUACUGGACCAUAGGGAUUAAGGAUUGAGGAAUCACUGAAAUAAA